AUGUCGUCACCACCACCGUAUCAGACCCCAACCAACCCCCUCAAAAGGCCGUCUAUCUCUUCGUCUGUCUCACAGCCUCUGGGCAAGAAGCAGCGCAUGCACCCUCUACGGCAAACCUCCUUCCCGACCGGCCUUGACACUGCAGAUCGGAGCUUCGGUGUGGCCAGCGAUGCCGGAAGCGUGACGGGCAGUUUCACAGGAAGCAUCGGCGGCGCAAGCGCAGACGGGAUCUUUGCUGGCGCAGCACGUGGAAAGAAACGCGGGCGGAAGAGCAAGGCUGAGAAAGAGCGCGAGCGCGAACAAGAGGAUGCGCUCAGUUCACGCGCUGGCGAUGCGCGGUUUGGGUCCGCAGAUGCUGAAGGCUCGAUGAGAGGUGGAAUGGGCGGAGGUGCUGGAGGUGGUGAUGAUGUCGAUUAUGACGACGAUGAUGAUGAAGGCGAGCUCCUGGGAAGAGAGGAGGGCACUACUGAUACCGAGGCUGAAAAGAAGAACCUCGCGAUUCUGGUUGAUGCUUUCAACCCUCAGCAAUCCGAGCGAUAUGACCUUUUCAAGCGAGCAAAGCUUCGCAAGGAAUCACUCCGCCGUAUCGUCAACCAUGCACUCUCACAGUCAGUCCCCGCCAGUGUGGUCACGACAGUAAACGGUUUCACCAAGGUUUUCGCUGGUGAGGUGAUUGAGAAAGCGCGAACUGUUCAGGCUGAAUGGGCCGAUGCUUUCGACCAAGCAGCGCGGACCGCCUUCGAGGCCGAAGAAGCAGCCGCUGAAAAGGCAUUUCAGGCCAGAGCUCAAGCUACGGCCGUGCAACCCAAAACCACAACUCCCACUCCUUCCAGCACCCCCGUCCCUGGAUCCGGCUCUCGAUCCCUCAGCAAUGGCAUCAAGAAAGAGCCAUCGGAUACAGACCAUACCAAGCCGUCAUCCACACCAGCAAAUAACCUCCACUCCACCGCGUCACCUGCUCCUGCCAAACAUAUUCCCCCGUCUCCAUCCUUACAACAAACAGGCCAGGCCUCAACAUCAAGUCCCGCACCUCUCCGCCCACGGCGAGAGUUCCGACCACCACCUAAUCCGCACCGUGGCCAACUUCUUCCCUCACACUUGCGCGAAGCCAUACGACGAUCGAAGCGUGACGGUGAGGGUGGUGGUGUGGGUUUUUCUGGAUUGAGCAUGGACAAUCUCGGAGUGAAGGGCUCGGUAACAUGGAGCUCUGGCAGCGUGGGUGGACGGCGGCUGUUCCGUUGA